UGUGCUGUUUGACAGAGUUUUUUGUAGAAUUGAGAGGUGCCUGUAUUAGAGCUAGUAGCAAGGGAGCUGUUCCUCUGAAAGCCAUCAAGAAAAAAAAAGGUGAUUGUUUCUUUUUUCUAGGGUAUCUACAGGAAAAUGAUCUCACUAGCAUGUAAUUCAGUGAGGAUGAUCGUUCUUUAGUAAGUAGGAAUAAAUGCCUACACAAAGUCACAGUGGGAAACAGCUGGAACUUCUGCAGGGAAUGUUUUGAGUGUUGAAAGGUUCAGAAGCAGACAAAUUAGGAGACCAUGAGGAAGAACCAUUAGUUCCAGGGAAGAGGGGUUCGUUCAAUGGCAUGACCUUGGGAAGAUGUUGCCUGGGUUUGUAACUUGGGUGGUUGCAGCCACAGUUAGCCAUUGCAGGCGUGAGUUAGCCAUUGCAUGGCCUGUCUUCCUUCUGACCUCUGGGGAAGGAUGUGACCCUGCUGUGUCCGAGGCCAGCCUCAGAAACAAGGAGCACUGCUUCCAGGGCUGGCCUGAGCCCUGCUGCCAGCCAGGGCUUCAGCUCAAGGCUUCUGGCUCAGCAUGGCAGGCGUGUGCUGACAGCAGAGCUCUCUGGCCUAGGCAUGGGCUUAACAGGCCCAUCAGAUGAAUCCGUCCUGAUGCUGGCCAGGUUGGGGAGCUGGUACCAGCAAGGAAUUAACGCCACACGGCUCCUGCAGGCCCAGCCGGACAAGUGCAUCUGGCUCCUGGUUAUCCGCAAAGGGCUCUGCCGUGCUCCUCCCCAGGCAGGAGUGUCUGACCCGCAGUGACCCCAGUGCCACACGUCCUUCCAGGGGAGCACGCGGCUUUGGCUCCGGCUGUUUGCUGAUGUUUUUGCUGACCGAGGCCAGGGCUGACCUGCAGAUUCCUGCCGGCCACGCACAGAGUUCAGGCUCACUUCUGCUCAUCCAGGGAGAGACAUCUUGCACCGUGCUGAAGACGUUCAGGCAGUGGCGGCUUUUCCAGGUGUACAGCGCGCGGGCCGUCGCCCCCCCGGCCAUGCCCGUGGACCUGGCCGUGCGGCUCUGCCUGGGCCACUCGCCCCCCAUCCGCAAGCUGCUGACCUCCUACGAGGAGCUGCGGGGCAGCCGGGCGCGCAAACCCCUCCGCUCCUGUCUCAACCAGAAGCUGAGCGCGGAGCACGAGCCUGAGCGGCGAGAUAGCACCAAGAGCUCCAAGAGCCAGAAGAAGAAGAGGGUUGUGUUUGCCGAUAUGAAAGGGCUCUCGCUGACAGCCGUCCGUUUCUUCUCAAAGAUCGAGGAGGACCUCUGUGAUUUGCAGCACGCCCUGUCAGACCUCGCUUGCUUCCGACCCAGGCUGCGGGACUCACGCCCAGAAGUUUGCAGGUACGUGCUGGACUUCCCACAGCCCUCUUCAGACUACGCGGCUUUCCGCAGCCGCCUGCACAGCAACCUGGUCUGCCUGGAGAGCUGCCUGAUCCAGGACCGUGCCCUGUCAGGGACAGUGAAGGUCAGAAACAUCGAAUAUGAGAAGAAAGUCACAGUCCGCAUCACUUUUGAUGGCUGGAAGAGCUUCCGAGACAUCUGCUGCCAGUACAUGCACAGCACGUACGGCUCGGCUGACACAGACACCUUCUCCUUCGAGCUCUCGCUGCCUAAGUCCUCCAGCUCCCGCAGGGCCACGGAGUUCUGCAUCUCCUUUCAGUGUGGGCAGAAGACCCACUGGGACAACAACCACGGGAGGAACUACAGGAUCUGCCACGUGGGCACGAUCCGCCCUCCCUCCCAUGCCGUGAAGAGUGCCAACGGGGCCCGGGAGCAUCUUGGCACCUCCCGGGCUGCCGCCCUUGUCCUUUCUCACCUGCAGCCCUGGCGGCGCUCGGAGCCUCGCGCCCCGUACUGGUAGGGGAGCAGCGGGGGGACAGGCGGAGCUCCGUCCCUUCCCGUCCCCGUCCCCGCCGUGGUGCGGGGCUCGCCGCGGGGGCCGGCAGCGGCAGGUGCCGCUUUGUGAGCUCCUCCGCGGGACCUUCAGAGCCGGCCCUGCCCCAGCGCCCGGGGGCGCCUCCCGGCGGUCCCAGAAGGCGCCGCCGCGAGAGAUGUGGACAGCGGGGACGGCGGGGGGGCCGGGCUGCCGCCCCAGGGCCUCACCGGGGGGGUUCGCGGCGCGGCCGGGCUGUGACGGGCUCAAUAAAGGCGGCGGGGGCUGGAGCGGC